AUGCCUCCUCAACAUGUAGAGAUUGCAGAGACAAUCGCGGCGCUCAAGCGAACCCUACGACGCGAAAGAGAUGGUCCGGCCGACCAGGUUACCUCUGCUGCCACGAACAGAGGUCAUAAGCUAGCACGUGGUGCGAACUAUAUUCACGCUGGCUCUCUGCCGUAUCCGCAGGGCCCAGAAGGCCAUAAGCAAAAAAUAGAACAUGCUGGUUACGCGCGAUACAUUCUGCAACGCAACCCGAGAAGAUACAAUGAAUACGGCGACGAACUGGACGACAGCGAAAGUGACGCCGAGGCAGAUGCCGAUGCAGAGGACGAGAAUGCCUACGCUGGCAUCCGGCUUGAAGAGCUAUUAUGUCCUCUAAAACAUCCUUCUGAGCUUUCGAGCCACCCUACGUUAUCUUUACCCUUUACCGACCGUGCCCUUCCUGAUAUGAUCAGAUCUACCGAGGAGAAACUGCGUCAAGAACGAACAAAUCUCUGGCGGGCCAAAAACCUGAACAGGCAGUUCAUGGGAGACGAGCCGUGGAUGCCUCUUGAGAGUACCGAAGGUGUGGACGAUUGGGAUCUCUUUGACCCCAAACCCAAAUUGCUCCUACAGCAAGCGGGAAAGAAGAGGAAGCGCGGAUUCGAGAGCGAGAACACCCAGAACGGUGUCAACGGGCACAACUACGCGAAUGGAGAGAAGGAUGAGACAAUGUCCAAUGCCGCGCCCAGUGUUCAAGAGAAGAGCCCGAACGCGAAUGAUAGGCAUCAAGCUACAAUUCCCAACAAAUCCCGACUACAUCCAGAAACGACAGAGGAGCAGCCUUCCAAAGAAGUAGCUGGUGGUGGAAUGGAACAUCCAAAAACGAAUGGGGUGCAUAAAGAAGAACCACCUGCGAAAGAGGAGGCGCCAGAGACAGGCGCAGAAGAAGCCCAAGAAGAGUCCAAAGUUGUGGCAGGAGAUGAACAAGAGCGGGAACAAGAGCAGGAUGGUGAAGCGGUGUCUGAGGACGAGGAUCGACCGAAACCCACACGAAGAAUUACUCGAGCCCUGGCUGCCGAGCACAAUAGCUCGACUGCACCUACUCCUCCCCUUUCUCCCGAAUCGACGGUAUCAACCAUCGACUCAUACCUCCUUCAACCCGACCCGCUGUUCCUUCUCCCUCCUGUCCUAGCAGCAAAUCACCGACCACCACGAAGCCUCGCCCGCCUCGGCCUUCCGGUCGACGAGCUCAUCGAAACCCGUCGUCUCCUGAUGAUGUACAUCCAAAAGCAAGAGGAGAGCGUGCGCGGCUACGAGGCCGUGCUGGGCAAGUUGAUCAAGGCGAAAAGGAUGCGGGACAAGGUCUGGAACUGGUGCAGAACCGAGGGCCACGUGGGCGAGUGUUCUGACGGGGAGGACUGGAUCGACGCCGAGGCCUGGGGACUGCAGCCCGAGGAGCUGAAGAAGGGGAAGGACGAAGAAGUGGACGAGGCCCAGGAGGACACGGGACGCAAGGGCAAGAGGAGACGAAGAGAUUAG